CCCGCGGCCAGCGGAGACACGGGCUCGGCGCGCUCCUCGGCGCCACGCUGUCUUCUCCCCGCGGCGCGGGGCUCGCAGUCUCCGCCGCGCGCUCUCCCCACGGAGUCCGUCCCGGGCUGGCCCGCGGCUCCGCGGCCAGGUCCUGCGGCGAGCAGGCCACCGCCAUGCAUUCUGACUGCCUCUUCAAGAAGGAGCAGGCUGUGUGCCUGCAGAAGAUCCAGAGGGCAAAUGACCUGCUGGGCUUGAAUGACUCCUCCCCAGGCUGCCCCGGAAUGUGGGACAACAUCACAUGUUGGAAGCCUGCCCAAGUGGGUGAGAUGGUCCUCGUCAGCUGCCCAGACCUCUUCCAAAUCUUCAACCCGGACCAAGUCUGGGAGACCGGAACCCUUGGAGAUUUUGAUGAUUUCAUUGAAAGUAAUUCCUUGGCUCUUUCAGACAGGAGGGUGGUGAGCCGGAACUGCACGGAGUAUGGUUGGUCGGAGCCCUUCCCUCACUACUUUGAUGCUUGUGGGUUUGAGGAAUAUGAAUCGGAGACGGGGGACCAGGAUUACUACUAUCUGUCGGUGAAAGCUCUGUACACGGUCGGCUACAGCACGUCCCUGGUCACCCUCACUACUGCCAUGGUCAUCCUGUGUCGCUUCCGGAAGCUGCACUGUACCCGCAACUUUAUCCACAUGAACUUGUUCAUAUCGUUCAUGCUGAGAGCCAUCUCUGUCUUCAUCAAGGACUGGAUCCUCUAUGCAGAGCAGGACAGCAACCACUGCUCCAUCUCCACCGUGGAAUGCAAGGCCGUGAUGGUUUUCUUCCACUACUGUGUGGUCUCCAACUACUUCUGGCUGUUCAUCGAAGGCCUGUACCUUUUUACCCUACUGGUGGAAACCUUCUUCCCUGAGAGGACAUACUUCUACUGGUACACCAUUAUUGGCUGGGGGACUCCAACCGUGUGUGUCACAGUGUGGGCUGUGCUGCGUCUCUACUGCGACGACACGGGGUGCUGGGAUAUGAAUGACAACACAGCUCUGUGGUGGGUGAUCAAAGGCCCUGUGGUUGGCUCUAUAAUGGUUAACUUUGUGCUGUUUAUCGGCAUCAUUGUCAUCCUCGUGCAGAAGCUUCAGUCCCCAGACAUGGGCGGCAACGAGUCCAGCAUUUACUUCAGCUGCGUGCAGAAAUGCUACUGCAAGCCACAGCGGGCUCAGCAGCACUCUUGCAAGAUGUCAGAACUGUCCACCAUUACUCUACGGCUAGCUCGGUCCACUCUGCUGCUCAUCCCGCUAUUUGGAAUCCACUACACGGUAUUUGCCUUCUCCCCGGAGAACGUCAGCAAGAGAGAGAGACUCGUGUUUGAACUGGGGCUGGGUUCCUUCCAGGGCUUUGUGGUGGCUGUUCUCUACUGCUUUCUGAAUGGGGAGGUGCAGGCGGAGAUCAAGCGCAAGUGGCGGAGCUGGAAGGUGAACCGCUACUUCGCUGUGGACUUCAAGCACCGACACCCGUCCCUGGCCAGCAGCGGGGUGAAUGGGGGCACCCAGCUCUCCAUCCUGAGCAAGAGCAGCUCCCAGAUCCGCAUGUCCGGGCUGCCAGCUGACAACCUGGCCACCUGAGUGCCCUCCCCUCUCCUUUCCUCUGUACACAGGCUGGGGCUGCGGGGCGCUGGCCUGGGCAUGCCCUGCUCUUCUCUCCCCUCGGGCAGGCCCUGGGCUUCCUGAGGGGGGAGGAGGAUGCAGGAAGCAGGCGGGUUUUCUCCUUCCCAUUUUGGCGCUGUUCCCACCCACCAUGGGCCCGGGGUCCUGACCCCAGAUGUGUAAAUAUUCCUCCAGUUUGGAAACUUUGUCCCACCCCUACUCCUCAGCCGGGUGUCCCUGCUUGCCUUCAGCAGGUCCCCAGCUCCAUCUCACCCUGUCUCACCAGCGGUGGUGACUACUGAACAUAUGCGUGAGGCCUUGUGAGCUAAGCCUGAAGGCCUUGCUUUGAGGGAGCUAGGGUGUGGCCUGCCUGACAGCCUCCCUUGGUGUCUGACUCGAUCUGGAAUGAAUGAGUCUGUUUCCCCCCCCCCCCCAGGCCCCUUCCCCGGCCUGGGCUCAGUCCCUGACACCUGCCAGAGGUCCAUGUGGUUGGGCUGGAGUGUCCUCCCCUAUGGGCCAUACUCAAAGCUUCCUCAUGCUCACCUAACACCCUGGUGUCCAGGUGCCGCGGUCCUGAAUAUGAGGCAGUGGGACAGCUCCAGGCCUCUCCAGUCAGACUGCAGUUGGGAUGUGGGGCUGAGGGUCAGGGAAGUUCUGGUGCUUUUCACUUAAUUCCUAAGAGCCAGAAAUAUGGAUGUGAUUUGAGAGGAGAUUGAAGGCGUUUUGGGGGACACCCAUGGAUGAAGAUCUUCACCAUCUCCAUAUUUCACCCCUGUUCAAGUUGGGCUGGGGUCAUCUGGUAGCUUUCCUUCUGGCUCCCACCCCCAGGCAUCAACCACAGAAGGUGAGAGACACAUGCCCUGGAGAACUGCUUGCUGAUCCUUUACCAUAUAGAGCCCCUAAGCCUUCCUCCUCCCCAGCUCCCCAUAAGUCAAAGCCAUGAUAGGAAUCUGCCUUCCUGUGAUGUUAGUGAAUGCUGAAGCCCGUCACAGCUCCAUGUACCCAAGGUCAGGACCACCUCCCCCGUCCUCCUCAUGGAUGGGAACCCCAUCGCCAGCUCUUCUGACCUAGGCUCAGCGAUUGAUAGAUCUCAGACUCUGCAGAGCUUUCCCUCUUGACAUUGAAUCACCACCGAUGCUGGAGUGCCGAGAAGGGAAGCCGCUGCUCCCACACCUUUCCUGGAUCCCUGGCCACAAGUUAUACAAUGACAAGAGCUUAAGGAUUUCAAAAGGCCAGAGCCAGUCUGGGGGAUGCCAGAGGAAAGGGCUAGAGUGCCUGAGUCUGGGGCUGCUUCAUUCCAUGUUGACUCUCGGUGUGGUUCCUGUUCAAGUGUGUGCACAUUUGUUUUGUUCUUAUCAUCUGGGAAGCUUGGGGAAGGUUUCUUAGCUUGAUUCUAUAAAGAGUAUGGGUUUUCAGGAUGCCAACUCUGGAAAUGUUCUGGAGAGGUCUUUGAAGUGACUGGAGAAGGUUACGGUUGCUUGGUUUAGGGUUGGGUACUGUGUCCUUGGCCACCACUGGCCCCAGGACUUUGCAAAGCCAAAAGAAGCUCCCCCCUUUCCCUGGCAUGUGGGGUCUCCCUGGCUUACCGUGGGUGUGCAGUGACACUGCCAUCCCGCCCCUGGCUCUGGGACCCACCCUGGUGUCUGUUGACCACUGGGGGUAUCCCUGGAGGCCUGGGUUGCUUAGAAAGAGCCAUGCACUGGAAUUAAGACCUAGAAUCUGCUCCAGUGGGGUCCAGACUGCUGAGACAGAGGACACAGUGCUUGCUGCUGUGGACCUUAGUUUCCUCACUGGUGAGGUGGGUGACUGCUAGAGCUUCUCUAGGCUUGGUCCUUCAGUAAUUCACCGGUUCAAAACUACAAGGGCUGGUACCAUUGUCAUGUGUCAUCUGAUGUGUUGAAGUGUGUGUGUUUGUCUUUGUAGAGGUGAAGGGGGUAGGUUAUAAGGUUCCUUCGUUAGAUAUUUCUGUCUCUUCCCUUUGGAUGUCACAGUGGCUGUUGGUGGGCCAGAGGGAAGAACGGGGCCGUGGACAAAUGGCCAGAUGCCUUGGGUGUGAUGGACAGACCCAGCCAGGUCCUUGAGGGCCAGAAAUGGAUGGUCACUUAAUUCCUAAGAGCCAGAAAUAUGGAUGUGACCCAUAGGUCCUGGGAGUAGGCACCUAAGUAUGGACCCUACUUCUUCCUAUCCCCACCAGAAAUUUUGCUUCACUGAAGAAGAAACUGACUUUAUAAACUCAUCGUAAAAUUGCAAAAACAAAAUUAAGCCUCAGCUUCGUGCCAUGCUGCCUCCUGAGCCCUGGGCCAGUGUCUUUGAAGAUGUUCCUGGCUCCUGCCAUUUCAUUUCUUUCUGAACACCUUGCCAGUCUUGUAAGCAGAUGUCUUUUGAGUAUCCAAGAGGCCAGGCAGCUGGCCUUCAGGGUCACAGAUAGUGGGGGGCUCACAUGAGGUCUGGAAAAACCCUCUCUGAUGCCUGGUUUUCAGAUCUGUAGAAUGCAAUGAGGUCAGAGCUAGGUGGCUCUGGCGGCCCUGGCUUUGCAGGCUUCCUGACUCCACCCUGCCAGAGCCACGUCUUAUGCUCUGUCUCAUUGCUCAGCUCCGCCAGCCUACUUGACACACGCAGUGUUCUGCAGCGAAUCCUUCUCCAGUGUCCAUCCCUCUUCUCCCCUGGGGGAAUCGGGCCAGGGAGCUGGCACUGCACCCAAGACUUGGUGCACAUGUGUUCAUCCCCCACCAAAGGCGCUGACCCAAAAAGGGGUCCUGCCCUCCCCCCUAAGGAAAGCUAGAGGAGACUGUCUGUGGAAUCCCGUACAGCCCUUCCACAUGGGACGGAGGACCUAGGGCCUUCCAUCUUUGUCACUCUGCUCUUUGGCCUUUAUCCUUACGCAUAUAUCUUUGGGGAGGCUCCAUCCUGGAGCUGGGUGAGAACUUGGAGCUCUGCAGCUCAAGCUUUCUGGACGGCUGACAGGGCUUCGCAAGGUGCCUGAACCAUAUUGGGAUCCAGUAUUAUUUUCAACCUGAAUGAAGAAAUGAGCUGCCAUGUACCCAGCCCUGCAUGUGAGCUGGAGAGACCCUCUUAAAACUGUACAGAAAACAUUCAGUCUUGCCCAGGAGAGGAUGCUGCCUGCAGACUUAGGAUUCCAGGCUGCAGGAGAAGCAGUGGAGUCUGUAGCUUGGGGAGACCUCAGCUCUGACCCAGGCUUCAUCAUCUGCUCUGAUUUCUGGGUCUGUGCAUCCCAGUCUGAGAACAGGGGGGCGUAAUGGGCAGUCUGUUGCACAGGCCAGGGAUGAGGUUGCAGUGAGGCACCCUCCUGUACCAAACUUUGGAGACCUCGCAGGUGUGGGCAUGAUGGGGCCGAUGCCUCAGCAAGGGACCUGGUGCUGUGUUUCUACUCCUGUGAGCCUCCUGGGUUAACCUUUGCCCCACUUGUAAAAACACCAGCACUAGGGGCAGGGAAAGCUGGAGAAUGGGGCUCUGAUGGACACAAGAUUCCAGGUUUUUGUUAACAGAUUCAUUUUGCCCUUGGGGUUAGGGUGGGUGACUUCCGUGUGGGUGAUGUCAGCAUCUCUAUCCCCCAUGGGAAGCCUGCAAGGAUCUGGAGCAUUUCCUUUCCCCGAACUUGAAGUCCUGGGAUGUGUCCGUGCUUGAUCUCGUGUGUCUUGUCCUGUGUUCGUCUUCUGUAGCUUUGCCCCUGUGAGGACUGGGGUGGGGUAGCCCCGGCAUCUCAGACAUGGCUUCAGACUCGCUGUGGGAGUGGCUCCUUCUGGAUGUCAUCCCCCACGAUGAAGAUAAGCCCCCCACACCUCACUGCUGCUGUCAUUAAUGCUGUGCUCACAACCUUGUCCGGUAUUUUCAGGAUGUCAGACUGCUAUAGAUGACUCAAUAAAUGUCUUAUCAUUUUUCCUUGUGGCUGUAACAUGGAGGAAGGGGAGGGCAGGGAAGAGGUGGUAUAGGAGGGGUCUCCUCUAAGAUCUGUUCACUCAAGAGUAAACAGACUGUAGACUGUGACUCAGACUACAAGGGGGGUGUCCAAAGGAGAGAGCUGAGCACAGGCCUGAAUGUGCUCAGACGGAAUCGGAAAA